AUGCACCUUCGCAGCCCUCUGGAGAGACAGCUGCUGCCUGGAACUGGGUACCGGGAUCAGAGCAGCUACCAGACGCGGUCCAGUGCGUACAAAAGUUUGGUCACUGGGACCCGAGCAAGAGGGAUCAUUGCUGUCCUCUGGGUCCUUGCCUUUGGCAUUGGAUUGACUCCAUUCCUGGGUUGGAAUAGUAAAGACAGUGCCACCAGCAACUGCACAGAACCUGGGGAUGGAAUCACGAAUAAAAGCUGCUGUCCUGUGAAGUGUCUCUUUGAGAAUGUGGUCCCCAUGAGCUACAUGGUAUAUUUCAAUUUCUUUGGGUGUGUCCUUCCUCCACUGCUCAUAAUGUUGGUGAUCUACAUCAAAAUCUUCAUGGUGGCCUGUAAUCAACUUCAGCGCAUGGAACUGAUGGAUCACUCGAGGACCACUCUGCAGCGAGAGAUCCAUGCAGCCAAGUCACUGGCUAUGAUCGUAGGCAUUUUUGCUCUUUGCUGGCUACCGGUACAUGCCAUCAACUGUGUUACCCUUUUCCAUCCAGCUCUUGCCAAGGAGAAGCCCAAGUGGAUAAUGAAUGUUGCCAUCCUCCUGUCACAUGCCAAUUCAGUUGUCAAUCCCAUUGUAUAUGCCUAUAGGAACCGAGACUUCCGAUAUACUUUCCACAGAAUCAUCUCCAGUUAUGUUCUCUGCCAGACAGAUGCCAAAGGUGGGAGUGGGCAGGCUGGGGCACAGUCUGCUCUCAGUUUGGGCUUAUGA